AUGCCACAUGGGUCGCUCCCAUGGGUCUCUAAUCCAGUAGCACAAAACAUCCUCACCUACCUACAGAUCGCCUAUCCGAUAAUUGUCCUCUUCCUCUACAUCAUCACCUUUACGAUAUGGAGUAUAGCCGCGGCCCGUAAUGAGAAUGACGAUACGACACAACAACCCGAGCAGCUUGGGCCGGGAGGCAAGCCUUUGCCCAAAAAGAACAAGACCGGGUCCCAGAGAUCCAGUGCUCUGAAUUUCAGUAGACCGAGGAAGCUGGUGUUUGAAUGGCUCUCGGUUGGUGCCCUGGCUACGAUAGCUGGGAAUAUUGCAGUGGUCAUAGUGCAUGCUCUGGUUGAGAGGGAAGAGAGGUGGUGGUGUGGGCAGGCGCCGACGAUCUACUUGGUCGGGUCAUUUAUGGUCUACGCACUCUUUCUCAUCACGAUCAUCGAUUCGAAGACUUCGCCAAACGUGGCACAUUUGGUAACAUGGGUUGCUGCCGUGAUGAUGGAGAUCAUCUUGCUCGGCUCAUCAUUUGGCAUCUACACGCAAGAGCAUAGAGAGCCAAAAGUCGGCGAUCCGAAUGGCGGAGAAUUGCAAAGAGAUAUGACAGAAUGGGAGAUCACAGAAGUCACGUUGGACUUGGUGCGAGUUAUCCUACUCCUUGCCCUGAUCGGCUUCUACGUAUUAUUUGUGUUCCUCCGAGGCCAGAAGAAGAAGCAACGCACAGGUUCGCCAGAUGAGCAGACGAGACUGCUGGGCGAGGACAACCAUAGUGCAGAGAACGGGAAUGCUACCCAGCCAACAGCCAACGGGUACGGUACUGCGAAUGGUAAGCCCCAUGGACCGCAUCACGAGGCUCCUGCAGGCUGGGAGAAGCCGAAAGAGAACCCUUCGAGAAGUUGGUGGGAGUAUAUCCGCGCAUAUGCGAUAUUUCUGCCAUAUAUCUGGCCAUACAAGGACAACUGGCUCAAGUUCAACUUUAUCGUCUGCUUCCUGAUUGUCUUCCUUCAACGUGGCAUUCAGGUUCUGGUACCGAUUCAGACUGGACGAAUCACCGACAUCUUGGCUGGAGAAGACGGCCCAGCGCGAAUGCCGUGGGGUGCAAUUAUGCUCUACAUCCUUUUCCGGAUCUUCCAAGGAGGUAACGGCUUGUUGGGAGCAGCUCGACAAGUGCUCUGGAUACCAGUGGAGCAAUAUUCGUACCGCGAGCUCUCUGUGGCCGCCUUUGAGCACGUCCACAUGCUCAGUCUAGACUUUCAUCUGGGCAAGAAGACUGGCGAAGUACUGUCCGCGCUCGGUAAAGGCUCCUCGCUCAAUACCUUCUUGGAGAGCAUCACGUUCAAUGUGCUACCAAUGCUGGUUGAUCUGAUUGUGGCCAUUGUUUACUUUUUGGUCUACUUCGAUGCAUACUACGCACUUGUGAUUGCAGUGGUGACUUUCUGGUACAUCUACAUCACGAUCCGUAUGGCUUCUUGGCGUGCGGACAUUCGACGCCAAGCCACCAAUGCCAGUCGAGAGGAAGAUGCUGUCAAGAACGACUCCAUGAUGUCUUACGAGACGGUCAAGUAUUUCAACGCCGAGACGUAUGAGUUCGCACGGUAUAGGGAUGCCGUGACGAAAUAUCAACGCGCCGAGUAUCUUGUGACCUUUUCGCUGGCUCUGAUGAACACCAUUCAAAACUUGGUCUUCAUGCUUGGGCUUAUCGUGGCCUGCUUCAUUGCAGCCUAUCAAGUCACAACGCACCAGCGUAAGGUUGGUCAAUUCGUGGUCUUGCUCACGUACAUGACGCAGUUGCAAGGUCCGCUAAACUUCUUCGGCACCUUUUAUCGCAUGAUCCAGAACAACAUGAUCAACUCUGAGCGCAUGCUGGAGCUCUUCAAGGAGAAUCCGACAGUCGUCGACAGCUCAGAUGCCGUCGCGCUUCCUUCGUGUGAGGGAGAGAUUAGGUAUAACGACGUCAAGUUCUCCUAUGACACACGAAAGCCGGCACUACACGGUCUGACGUUCCGCUGCAAGCCAGGCACCACAACAGCGUUAGUAGGAGAGUCUGGCGGUGGCAAGUCUACCGUCUUUCGACUGCUCUUCAGGUUCUAUAACGCACAAUCUGGAACCAUGCAGAUUGACGGACAUGAUGUGCAAGGCAUCACAAUCGACAGCUUGCGAAGUCACAUUGGAGUCGUCCCGCAGGACACAGUGCUCUUCAAUGAGACAUUGAUGUACAACCUCAAGUAUGCAAGGCAGGACGCCUCAGACGAGGAGGUGUUCGCGGCGUGCAGAGCAGCGAGUAUCCAUGAGAAGAUCUUAGGCUUCCCAGAUGGCUACGAAACGAAGGUAGGAGAACGCGGACUGAGGCUAUCUGGUGGUGAGAAGCAAAGAGUGGCAAUUGCUCGAACCAUCAUCAAGAACCCGCGCAUCAUUCUACUCGACGAAGCCACGGCAGCAUUGGAUACAGAGACCGAAGAGCACAUCCAGGAAGCGCUGAAGACUCUUGCUCGUGGCAGGACAAUGCUAGUUAUUGCUCACCGACUGAGCACCAUCACAAUGUGCGAUCAGAUCCUCGUCCUCCAUGAAGGACGAGUAGUAGAGCGAGGCACACACUCCGACCUGCUGGCCAUGAAAGGCAGGUACGCAGGAAUGUGGCGCAAGCAAGUGCGCGCUCAACGAGCAGCGGAGGACGCAAAGGCACUACAAGCCAAGGCGGAUAGACUUCGCAGAGAAAGUAUGGGUAGUAGCGAAAGACGGCCCAACGCAGAAGAUAGUCCGGGAAGUAGUGAUGAGGACGAGCACGCUGCCGCGAGAGCCAUAGCGAGGGAGCAGACGGACCUGCAGUCUGCUCUGUCCAUGUCGCCCGGUUCGGCAGUACCUGGAGCACAGAUCGCAAGUGUCUUGUCCGGACAGCAGGAUACGGGGACUGAUCUUGGGCCGCAGAGGGAAGGCCUGAGGAGUGGUGCGGUGAGGUCUCCUUCGCUGGUGCAGGAGGAGCCGAGGAGGCCUGUCGGACAUCCUUGA